UUCACUCUAUGCUUUUAUUGAGUGGCUAUAAUAAGAAAAAAAUAAAAUAUUUCUUUAUGCAUAUCAAAUAAACAUCUAUUUGAAGAUAAAACUGUUUAUCACAUUCAUUGGUCUAGUGACCUAGCACUCAUGUGAUGUCAUCAAACUGGCAAGAAAAUAAACCAAGCACCUUAUCAAGUUUGUAAAACUAGUGGGUGAAUAACUUUUAAACUUAAUUCUUUAUGUGUUUUCUACACAAAAAAUUACCUUUUUAGAGAUAAUACCUGAUGAAGAUAGAAGUCAUAAUUAUUUAAAAAAAAUUAUAAGCAAACAUGAUAAAAAGUUAAUGAACAGUUUCAGCACACAUAAGUUAAAUAAUAACUGUAAAUUUAAAGGAUGCACUCUUUGAUAAAAUUUGAAAUAUAUUUCUAAGUUAUGACAACUUUAAGAAGAAAUGUAGAUAAAAUUAACUGUUACAUUUUAUUUAUAAUGUACAUAUUUUACUGAAAAUUUUUCUAUUAUUACAUUGAAAUAUAUAUUUACAAUGUCUUAAUAUUAAGGUGCAUCUUCAGCCUUGAAAAUAAAUAAGUUAUGUUUUUUGUACAAAAUUUAAUUUAAUUCAUUUAAAAAACUACAAUUACGAAAUACUAUCACAGAAAAAUAGAAUGUAAGUUCUUGUCAUAUAAACUUAACUUUUCCAUUUAUAAUAAAUACUUCAUAGACAAAAUUCUAAGUUUACAUUGCGAUAAACAAUUGAACCAAAACUUCACUGAGGUAAGAAACUACAGCAAAACAAGCUUAUAUUACAUUGUAAUAAUAAAUACAAUAAAAAAAAAAAAGAAUUGUAAGAUUUAAAAUAGCUGAAUCAAAAAGAAAAAAAAAAAAACUAUAUGAAUAUUAGGAGUAGAUUGAUAUUCCUAUUUUCAAAAUAACUUAAUUAUUAGGGGUAGAUACACACCAAAUACUGAAAAGAUUUGAUAAUAGAAACAAUAGGAUUCAAAAUGUAAUAAUAAGUUUACAAGUAAACCUAAGACUAAAAGUAAUAGACUAUUCUGAACAAUCAGUCUACUGACUUCCUCUUUAUUGUUCUUUGAAGGAAAAAGAUGUUUGGUAUACAUGUCUCACAAUAAAACAAAACUUCACAAUGCAUUAAUUCACAAAAUAAUAUAAGUAAAUUUGUACAAGUAAAGUUAAAUAAAUACAUAAAUAUACAAUAACACCAUGAAUUUCCUCAACAAAUCUGAACUGAAGAGACUGACUAUUCUGGUAACUCCGUAAGUGCCUCUUUAACAAUUAACCUGUUAACAUUUAAUUUUUUUUUCAAUGAUAAAUAAACUGGAGAUACAAUUAUGCAAUGUAUAUUUGAUUUUUUUUUCAAAAAAAUAAAUAUUAAUUUGUAGAACAGUAAAUAUAAAUUAUUAAAAAUUGAGUCAGCUUUUUUAAUCUAUCUAGGCCUAAAAUUACCUAUAUUAACUUCCAUAAGAUAUUCUAAAUUAAAAUGUAUUUUAUUAAAUUUUACAAAUGAAAAAUCUAUGAGGCUGGUCUGAAAAGAUUCCGACAGCAACGUAAAGAUGGCAGCACUCAUAAAUAAAAGCAAGUGAAUUUCAUUGUUCAUCUGUUGACAGUUAAACACCAAAGUUUUAGCCACUUUGGACGCGCAGAGGUUAUGAACAUGCCAAAAGAACGUGUUUGUUACAUAUUAAAUCAACAUUUAGAUAUGAGAAAACUGUCAACACGUUGGGUCCAGCGUUUGCUCACAUUAGACCAAAAAUAUGUUUGAAUGAACAUUUCCAACGCUCGGUUAGCCCAAUAAAUCCGAGUUUUGGCACCAAUUAAUUACUUCAGAUCAAUCUUUGAUACACUGUUUUGUCGGCUGGGAAAGUGAUGGCGACUGUUUUUUGGAAUAGUCAUGGAAUAUCUUCAAAAAGGAAAAACAAUUGCAGGAGCAUACUAUGCAUCAUUACUUGACAAACUGAAGGCAGAACUUGCAGAAAAAUGGACACAUUAUCAGAAAAAAAUAAAUUCUGUUUCACCAAGACAACACACUGUCUUGCCAUGGCGAAAAUCCAUAAAUUACGGUUUCAACUGCUUGACCAUCCGCCUUACUCACCAGAUCUAGUCCCAAAUGACUUCUUUUUGUUCUGUUAUCUAAAAAUUGAGCUCGGAGGACAGAGAUUUUCAUCAAAUGAAGAGGCAAUCAUCUUCGUAAACAAUUAUUUUGCAGAGAAAAACGCCGAGUACUUUUUGGAUGGGUUACAGAGAUGAGAGCAUCGCUGGGAGAAGUGUGUAGAGUUGCAAGGAGACUAUGUUGACAAAUAAAAAGAAAAUGUCUAGUAUUUUUGUUAGGUCAGAAACUUUUCAGACCACCCUCUUAUAUAAAUUUGAUAAUAAUGGUUACAGUCGUAGGUGAAAAAGCCAUUAUUUUUCUUAUGAAUCAAACAUUAACAAUUAAGUAAAAUCAUAAAUUAAAAAUUAGGAGAAAAAGUACUUACAUAUUGUUCAAAUUCAUGAAUAUAGUAGAAAAUAUUAUUAGAAGGUAGAGCUUUAGGUUUAGCGCUUUGUAAGUAUUGUAGGAAUACAUAUUUCUGAUAGUUUUCUAGUUCAUGUUUUGGCCAUAAUAGAUAUAGCAAAACAUAGUUUAAGAAUUAACACAAUAAUAUCAAUAUGAUAAAAUAUUUUAUGUCAUAAAGUUUAAGUUACUAAAAGGUAAUACAAAAAUAACCAAUAAAAUAAUUAAAGCUAAUUACCGAUUGUAAAUAAAAAAUAAACAAAAUAUGUAUAUAAACAAUUACAAACUAUCAGAGAAACAUACUGAUACUUACAAUUUAUAUACAGAACUUUAAUCUGAUUUUUAGAUUUUCAAUUGGCCAAAUACAAAAUUUUACUGCAAAUAUGUACAUAAUUACAAAUAUUUAUUAAGUAUUUACAUUGUUUUCUACUUGGGUUAUGUGGCUGCAUCAGAUGGUUUAUCCUGAUCUUUAUCACCAUUAUAAAACUCGUUUGGAGGUUCUACACGGCGAUCUUCCUCUAUUUGGGACACUCUUACAUCUGGAUCCAAAUCAUCCAUCAUAGCAGAAUCAUCAGAAGGAAUCAUAUCCCCAGGUACAUCUUGCAUUUGAACACUUGGAGAAUGCUGAAUCAUUUUUAAAUUAUCAUAAACAUGACGUGUGAUGGCAUCUAAAUAAUAUUUUGUAUUUGCAUUCUCUUGCCUAGCUAUCACUUCUGGAUGCAAUGUGAAAUCAGGAAAAAAAUAUUCAAGGUAUUCCGUGUAUGGAAGUUCAUUGCUAAUUUCCUCUUCAACAAGAAGUGAAGUCUCAUAAGUCCAACAACGAGCCACAUUACGUAAAGUGUACCCACCACCACCAACGGCUAAUAAUGGAAUGUUGAAGUCUCUGACAAACUUAACACACUCCCCAUGCCCUUUCGUACUCAAACUAAAUCGUCCAAGUCUAUCAUUGUCCAAUGAGUCAGCACCACAUUGCAGUACAAUAGCUGUAGGUUGAAAAAAUUCCAUGACAUACUGAAUAACUGGUUUAAAGACCUGAAGGUAACUUGAAUCGUCAAUACCUUCUUUCAAUGGAACAUUAACAGAAUAAUAUUUUCCACUAUCAGCACCUAUUUCAUACAUGUCACCAGUGCCAGGAAAGAAAUAGCUGCCAUAUUUAUGAAAAGAAACUGUCAUGACCCGGUCAGUUAAAUAGAAAGCUUCUUGAACACCAUCACCAUGAUGUACAUCAAUAUCAAUAUAGAGAACUCUUGCAUAAUAUUUGAGAAGUUCAAGAAUAGCUAUAACAAUAUCAUUAACAUAACAAAAUCCUGAAGCUUCGAAUUUUUUUGCAUGAUGUAGACCACCAGACCAAUUGAUAGCUAUAUCACAACAUUUGUGGUUCAAUUUUGUAGCUCCUUCCAAAGAAGCACCAGUGUACAUAGAACAAAAAUCGAAAAGUCCUUCAAAGACAGGACAGUCAUCUCCAACAUUAAAAUGAGUCAGGUACUUUGUAAAACCUUGGAGAUUUUGGGGGGUUACUCUUUGCAAAAAUUCAAUGUAUUCAUCAGAAUGAAAUCUACACAUAUCAUGAGCACUAGCCCUAUAAGGUCUAUAAAUUUGCAUUUUUUUAUGAAGACCAUAAUUUAGUACUAAACUGUGUAUCACAGACAGACGGUGAGGUUUCAUAGGAUGUCCUGACCCGUAAUGAAAGUUUCCAACAUCUGGGUUGUAGAAAUAAAACACCUUUUUAGUCAUUAUUGAAAUUAAUUGAAUGAAAUCAUAAAAACAAUGAAGACUGAUAUCAAUCUAAUUCCACAGCCUCUUUAACCUUGAUCAAUUCAAAAAUUAAUAAACUGUAGGUAAACAUGUAGAAUAUUGUAAACAAAACUACUACAGUUCACUCAAACAGGUUAGUUCUGCCCUCAUGAUGACCUCAAAGGUGAUAUAUUUUUGACAAUGAUCACUGCAUAAUUCCCCAAUCAAAUUACUUAAAUAAAUGUUUUUGUUUCCUAAGUACUAAGUGAUUUUUAUUUAUCAAAAUUUAAGGUAACUUCACCCAGUUACAUAUAUCAUUUAGUAUAGGAAUUCAUUCUCUAUGCUGACGUCAUUUCCAGGCGUGGUGAAAGAAAAUGGAUCCCGAGUUAUGGUACUCAAAAUAGUUAUGGUGAAUACUGUUGCGAACAGGUGUGUGAUCAAUUAACUAAGAUGUGUCACCAUGAAAUUGGGAUUAUUUGAAGUAGUUACAAAUAAGUGUAUUGAUUAUAUGAUAAUUAUCCGUUAGGUUGUCAUUUCCCGUUAGGUUUGUAGGUGUUAAUACGUAGAAAACAAUUUCUAAGUAGGACUGUGACUUACAUUCUUUAAAUGAAAAGAUAACUGGGAAGUAGUGCAGAUGCCUCAAUGCUCAGAUAAUCACACCGAACAUCAUCUCUUGCAGUUUAGUGUUACAAUUUGUGCCAGUGUCGACAAUACAGUGUAAACAUGUGACAUUUCAGCCUUUAAUCAUGAAUGCUAAAGUUAGAAAGCGGUAUAAAGGAUAUUGGUUUUAAAAGCCUUGUGCUUGCAUUAAUGCUAAACGUUUGAAUCAUUUAUAACAAAAUGUCUUUCUUGAGUAAUCUUAAGAAAGUCCUUCACCUUGGUGGAAAUGAAUCAAAAAAGAAAAAGGUCUUCAACAACAUUCGCAUGGAAUGUGACCCAGAGGAGUUCUGGGACAUCAUUGGUGAACUUGGAGAUGGUGCAUUUGGUAAAGUUUAUAAAGCACAGUCUAAAGAAACACAUGCUUUGGCAGCUGCUAAAAUGUGUCUUCUUGAAGGUGAGGAUGAUUUAUCUGAUUUUAUGAUUGAAAUAGAUAUACUUUCAGAAUGUAAACAUGAAAACAUUGUACAGUUGUAUGAAGCCUUCUUUACCAAUAGUAAAUUAUGGAUGCUGAUUGAAUAUUGCGACGGAGGUGCUGUUGAUUCUAUUAUGGUUGAGUUAGAAAAACCACUUACUGAACUUCAAAUUCAAUAUGUUUGUCAGCACAUGUGCCGUGGACUCCAAUUUUUGCAUAAAAGUAAGGUUAUUCAUAGAGACUUGAAAGCGGGAAAUGUUUUAUUAACUAUGGCUGGAGGAGUUAAGUUAGCUGAUUUUGGUGUUUCGGCUAAAAACAAGACAACAUUACAGAAGCAUGAUACCUUCAUUGGUACACCUUAUUGGAUGGCUCCAGAAGUAGUGCUUUGUGAAACAUUUCGUGAUAAUCCAUAUGAUUUUAAGGUUGAUAUAUGGUCCCUUGGGAUCACUUUAAUAGAACUUGCUCAAAUGGAACCUCCUAAUCACGAGAUGUCUCCAAUGCGAGUGCUUCUUAAAAUUCAGAAAUCGGAUCCGCCCAAACUUGAUCAGCCUUCGAAGUGGUCAAAAAAUUUCAAUGAUUUUAUUGCCAAAGCACUCGUUAAAGACCCGACUCAGAGGCCUAAUGCUGAUGAUCUAUUACAGUUACCUUUUAUUAGUGAAGAGUUAGACUCAAAACCAAUAAGAGACUUACUUUUGGAAUAUAAGGCUGAAGUAGUAGAAGAGGAAGUUGUUGAUGAUGAAACUGAUGAGCACCGCACGUCUCAACUACCUCUGGAACUGGAAACUGGAGAAGAUGAUUCUACAUCACUCAAAUCAGACACUGACCUUAAAAUUGAAGAAGAAGUUGAACCAGUGAAGCAAGAUUUGGAACCUGAAAUUAUAGAUAAGAAACAAAACACAGAAAUAGAUAAAAAGCAGAUACCAAUGCCACCAAUUCAGUUAACCAAAAAGGGAAGUGUCGAAGGCCUUGAAAGGAGAUUAUCACACGAUAAAGGUCCUGCACCGUUACCACCAGCUGCUGUUUUAACUAAAGAAACAGAACCUUCAAUUAAGAAAUCUGUCGAAAAUAUCAAUGAACCAGAUGAAAGAAUAGAACCUCAAGAUGAAACUCCGGUGAUUAUUGGUAGUAAUGACCGUUUGAUUUCUGAUGAGAUAAAAGAAGAACCUCCUAUAAUCCCACAGAUUAGGCGUAACAGUAUGGAAAGAAUGGGAGUAAUAGAUUAUACUCCCGAUGAAAGUGAUAGUAAAUGGCCUCCUCCUGUGUCUGAAGCAGAUAGUCGGAGGUCACGACCUGAAAUAAAUGGGGGCUGGAAAGAAAGAGCAAGAAGUUCUUCAGCUAGCAAUAGGAAUAGGAGGAGACCCGCUCCUCCUCCUUUAUCAGAAGAGACUAUCAAUGCAUUGGCUAAACCUGCUAAGCCUGUGGUUAUCCUUAAUGAAAUGGACAGGAUAAGUUCAGAAAAUAAGAAAGGAACCACAGUGAGGAUAGGAGAUGACCUUAGUAGAAGUCGAGAGAGCUUAGAUGGAGUUAUGAACAGAAAUAGAGAACAAGCUGAACUGUCUAUUAGAAGGGAUCAGUCAAGAGAAGAAAUAAGUCAGCGUGGUAGAGAGGUGCUAGAAAGCAAUGUAACAGUUGUAACUACAACCCAUCCUCCAGCUUUACACAUUCAUCAUCCCCCAGCUCAAGUAGUCAUUGUGUCAAAUGACAACAACAAAACUCUGAUUGAUUCUGAAGAAGAAAACGACAUUGUGGUUGUGCAGUCAAGAGGAAAUGAAGAAGAGAAAGAGAUCCAUGAUAUGAGCCAUGUUUCUGUUGUUACUGUUGGGGACUCUUCCCAACAAGAUACUACCGGUAUGGAAGAAGAUUCAUUAAUGGUUGUUCAACCUAAGCGUGGGACUUCUAUUAUUGUUGAAGGCAAUACUAAUGAAAUAGAAUCUAUGCGUAGAAAAACACAUAAUCAUGUGAAACCUAAUGGUCAACCUCCAUUAAUACCAUCAGAUAAUGAGGAAGUUUAUAUAAUUGUCAACAAUUCUACAAAUAUUGACAGGAGUAAAGAUGCUGAAAGGCACAGAAGGACUCAUAGUCAUGGAAGAUCUAGUUCACAAUCAGAUGGUGGUUCCACUACAGGGAAUCGUACUCCUCCUUCUGCUGCUAGCACUAGGACAUUUGAUAGGUCUGAUGCUGAAAGUGUUUCUACUACAAUUAGUCAAGAUAGUCGUGGUAGCAACAAGGAAAACAGGCCUAGCAGGUAUCAUGAUGCAGAAGUUGUCCUAAGAGCGAAACCUGAAUACAAUAGGCAUGAAAAUGUCCGGAUUAGCAGAUCAAAAGAAGAAUUGGAAAUAAUGAAUCUUAAAAAGAAAACUCGAAAGAGAACCAGAAAAUUUGAAAUUGAUGGUGUAGUUGUUACAACCACUACUAGCAAAGUUAUUUAUGGUGAUGAAGAUAGCGGAAGAGGUUAUGAUGAUCAUUUAUUCAGGAAACAAGAACUUAGAGAGUUAAAAAUGCUUCAAAAACAAGAGCAAAAGCAAUUUCAAGAUUUGGCUUUUAAAGCUCAUAUUGCUAAAGAACAACAGGAUAAAAAAUUUGAGCAAGAAAGAACUAACCUCAUCAGAGGUUAUGAGAGUGAUUUAGAAACACUAAUUAGGCAACAAAGGCAGCAAGUUGAAAAGGCUGAAGCACAUCAAGAAGCAGAUCUUAGGCUGACCAGUAAGAAGAUCCGAGCAGAGCAGGAAAGAGAAUUAAAAGAGUUUAGAGAAAGUCAAAAACAAGAAAUGAGGCUGCUGAAACAAGAAGUAGAUUUAAUGCCAAAAGAUAAAAGAAAAACCAUUUUCAAAGCAAGAAAAGAAAAAUUAGAAGCUGAACAUGAAGAAAGGGAAAAACUUUUCUUGCAAAAAUUAAAUGAAAACCAUGAAAGUUCCCUUCGCAGACUGAGUGAUUCGCAUAGAGAAAAAAUAGCACUAAUGGAUCGGCAAUUUUUACAGCAGAAACAGCAGUUAAUGAGGACUCGUGAAGCUGCCUUAUGGGAACUAGAAGAACGGCAGAUUCAUGAUAAACAUCAAUUAGCAAAGAGGCAGUUGAAAGAAGGUUUCUUUUUGCAAAGGCAUCAGAUGUUGAAUAGGCAUGACAAAGAGCUAGAGCAUAUGAAAAGAAUGAAUCAACGAAAAGAAGAAGAACUGAUAAAAAGGCAAGCAAUAGAAAAAAGGGCUCAUCCUAAGAGGAUAAAAUCUGAAAUGAAAGCAAGGGAAAUGAUGUUCAGAGAAAGUAUGAGGAUUCGUAUGGCCAACUCUACUGAUCCUGAACAGGAAAGAAACAACUUGAAAAAGUUUCAAGAAAAUGAAAAGAAAAGGUAUAGAUUAGAAACCCAAAGGUUUGAUCAAAAACACCAGAGGCAGUUAGAGGAGCUAAGAGCCACUGCUGAAACAACAAUUAAAGAAUUGGAGCAGCUUCAGAAUGAGAAAAGGAAAAUGCUCAUGGAGCAUGAAACAAUGAAGCUGAAGGAGCAAGAAGAAGCCUACAGCCGAGAGCUGAAGGAAUGGAAAGCUCAGCUUAAACCAAGGAAGCAGCAACUCGAGUUAGAGUUCAGUUGUGCCCUGCAGCGGCAUGAAGAGAAGCAUGGUUACUUUACUGGAAAACUCCUAACAUCCUCUCCUGUUAGCAAUGCCUCAGAAUCAUCUGUCCUUCUUCACCACGCUCGACGAUCCUCCUUACCCUCCUCUCAGUUCAACCAAUUCACUAUCCCCAGGCCUCGCCUCAAUACUGUUUCUGUUUCCAAGCCUCCUUCACCUAGGCUAGAAGAGCAAUUUGCUCAACAGUUAGAAGAACAAGAGGCCAUAUACGGGCCUUCUCACCCACUCCCUCCUGAUUUAGCCGAACCUGUACAUCACAGAAGUUCAACAAGGAGCAGCUUAUCAUCAGUAUCUGCUGAUUAAUAUCUCAUGUUGGACAGUUUUUUAUCUUAGUCCCCAGAUACCUGUUUUAUCCUUCAGGAAAUCAAUUUUUUUUUUUUUUUUAAAAAUUAUAUUUUUCUAUUAGUUUUAGGUGUUCAUGUGUUAUAGCAUAACUAUGUACAGAUUACCUAUAAAUUCUGUUUUAUGUUUUAAGUUAUUAAUCGUUAUAAAUUUGUUAUGAGUGUACAUGAAAUGUAUUGCACGUAGACCAAUAGCUUGCAGGAAUAUAAACUUGGCCUUUGAAGGUUCAGGUUUAUAAAUUGCUCAAUUAUCACUUGACCUUAUAUUUUGUAAUAAAAUAUUCUUAGUUCUUAGCAUUACUGAAAUGAAAAUUUUUUAACAUAAACCGUUAAGCAUGGUAUCCAGAAUAAUCAAAUUACUACAUAUCAUUGGUAAAAAGUAGAUCAUCAGAGAUCAUUUGUUAAAUUUUCAACUUGUAAUAAAUUUGUCAUAGAUUGUGCACCAUACAUAUUUCUAUUGUAAAAUAUACCGUAUAAAAAGUUUGUACAUUUAAUGUAAAUAUUAACUGUAUUAAUUAUGUACAGUGGUAUAGUUAUCGUUUUUAUCAAUAACAUACAGCGUAUGUUUAAUAUUUUGGGGGUUUCUUGUAUUAUGAGAUAUCAGUAUUUUCUUAUCCUUUAUAAAGAAAAAAAAAAUCAAGUGCCAAACGACUUUUGAUCGAAUCAGAUAUAUUUGUGACUGAAACAGCUGUAAUGAAGAGGCUGUUAUAUGAAAUGCUGUAGAUUUAGGUAUAUCGUCUUUGUUAAUAUUUAUCAUAGUAUAUAAUGUUGUUAUCAGGGCAUAUUUACUUGAUAAUUUUUGGUAAAAAAACUAUCUUAAUGCUCCGUUUGUAAAUGGUUUCGGUUAUUUUAUAUACAUAUUUAUGUUAUAUAUACAUAUAUACAUAAUAUUUAUUAUCCUAUGUAUAAUAUUAACACAUUAGUUUGUUCUUCUCUAGCCUCUAUAAAUAAUAAGCAAUCGUGUAUAGUCAAAGUUGUUGCACUUUACAGAAUUCAUUGGCUGUUGAAAUGGGCUAACCAUUUUAUUUUUUAAGUUGCUCAUUUUUAAUUUAUUAUUUAAUGUGAUCAAUCGUUUUAAUAAAUAAUUGUUUCUAGUGGACAGAGCUGUUAUUGAAUUAACUUGUUUUUUUGACAUAAUAUAAAUUUGUAGAUAAGACUGUUGAAGAUUAUAACAUAUUUUUAAAUAUUUCAUUCUUUUUUUUUCUUAUUUUAUUAUUGCUUUAAAAAAAAAAAAAACAGACAAUGAAGUUUUAGGUGUAUAUAAGUGAAUAUAUCUAGUACAAUUAAUCAACUAAUUGUAUGUAAAUAAGAAUUUGUUCAAAUAAAACAUACUUAUAAAAUGUUUUUAUUCAAGAAACUUUGGUAUUGUAUAAGACACAUUCUGUUCACUGUUUUUUAUAAUAACACUGUUCAUUACGUAUUACCCAUAUAAUUUAAAUCCUUAUAUUAUACUCUUGGAAAAUUAUGUAGCUUACUAAGUCGUGAAGUGGCUGGUUUCUACCUUCAAUGAAAUUGGUAUAAAUUCUGACUUAGUUUCUCUUGAAAAAAUAAAGUGGUCACUGUCAGUGUGAGGUUACUGUGGUUCAGCUCCUAUGAAAAAAAUAGUUGUGUCAGACUUUUGGAGCUUAAUUAUUCUUUUAAUAUUUUUGGCUUAUUUAUUGAACAUAAUUAGAAUCACUAUACUUUUUUAAAACGGGAACUGUUUGUUCUAAUUAUCAUGCAUGUAUGCUCGCUCAAUAUUCUAUAAAGAAAUAUUGUCAAAAACUGUGCCUGUAAAUAUGCGGUAAUGGCAUUGACAUAUUACUAUUUAUUGUACUGUAGUUUUACCUAAAUGAAAAAAUAAGUAUAUAUAAAAUCUAUUGUUAGUGGGUGCAGUUUCAAUUAAAUAUUAACUUCUAUGAAGUUUUAUAAGUACUUAUUUAGUAGCGGGUAGCAUCCGACUGCUAUCUGCCAAUGUUUAUAACCUUAACACUGAUAAGCUCUUCGUAUUCAUUUUUAUUAUAUUAUAUUCAUAUUAUUAUAUCUUCGUAUUCAUAUUUAUUGUAUUGUAUUGAUAUUAUUGAAAUUGUGAACAAAAACAGAAACAAAUGUAAUAAUAAAAAAAUACUUUUAUUUUACAACGUAUAUAUUAAAAUACACCAAAACAUUAUAAAUAUAUAAUUAAAAAACAUUGCAACAUAUAUAUCAAAAUAAAUGAAAGAAUAAAAAUAGGCAAAAAAUAGAUGAAAUAAAAAAAAAACUACUUAAACAGCAUAUGUAUAUACAUAUAAAAGAAACACUAUGAAGAAACGAUAUAAACAAAAUAUGAACAAUUUUAUUUUGGUAGGGAAAAUAGUUUUAUGGUAUUUUAAAUAGCGAGGAAGGGAUCCUGUUCUCUAUGCGCCCGCCGCCACAAAAACUCAUAUAAAUAUGAAUCCAGGUGUUGUCUGGCAGUUCCUCUGUGUUUUUUAUUUCUCCACUUAGCUGAGUCCCAUAAUCGUUCAAUGUGUUAAGUAUGGACUCCACUUGAUAAAUCAACAAAAUUAUACCUGUGAUUCACCUGAAAAAGAUUGUAGUUUGUUUCAUUGAGUUCGUUGGUGUUGUAUCCUUUCCAACAGUCGGAAUAAAUAUUGCUUCCCUCUUCUACAUUGUUUUUAAUAACUUCUAAUAAAGUUGUUGCUUUUCUAUCGUUUACUUUGACGAUAAAACACUCGUCUGUUUCUCGGCAAACCGCCAAACAUCCAUUGCUCAGGUAGGACUCUCUCCACAUGAUUUUUUCUCUUCGAAAAAAGACUCGACGACUUUGCCAGGCCCUCCAAUUUUUUUAUUCAACCUGUCAUGGGCACAAACUUCUCUUAAAAAUUUGUUCCAUGCUACAACAGUUGCGAUGGAUAAUUUGA